AAGGCAGCUGAGGCAGGCAGGCCAGUGUUAAGUUUGAGAGAAAGUUUUUGACGUCCCUAAUAAGACAUCAGUGCAUUACAUAGCUACCGCUGGUAAAUUAUACCAAUAUACCUCGUGUUUUUUUUUUAUUGGACAGUAACAGGCUAGUUAAUGGGAGGUUGCAAGUGCUAAUUAACAAGUAACAGAAGUCAGCUGUCUUUGACUAAUCUAAGGUGUUAUGACAUGCAUAGGUUCUUUCUCUUCAGCACCCUCUGCUGGUCAUAGUGGGAAUACUCACAAGCUUAUAUUUUGGUGGGGUUUUUCUGUGUUCCUGUGGGUAGAGGAAACAGGAAGCUGGUUGCUUGUUAGCCUGCAGAAUAUGCUGUUUGUCGCCUUAGAUGCUCUUUAAAACAUUUCUGCCUUGGAGAGUUAUUGCUUUUUUACGGGAAGAAAAGGAUGUCAAUCAUUGAACUACUGACGAAGUAAAAAGCCUUAAACUUACUUCUGCCUCCAAUGUUCAUUGAAACCGUUAGCUGUCUGUCAAGUUGGGCAAAGGGACGCACAACAAGGACAGAACAGUAAAAAAGCAGCUUCUCAGCGGGCAGAGAUAAUCAAAGACAGCAACCUCGGCUGCCAGCACGUCUCAUGUCUACUACUGCUUACGCUUGCCACACAGCAGCAUUGUGGGAUGGAGGACACACAAGCCGCAAAAGAAAUAACGCAGCUGUCGGCUCUAGAGACCAGGUCAGUGGCCUCUAUAGCAUCCAGUGGAUCAUCAGCCAGUCGAGCCGCUGCUGCAGCUUGUGCUAAACUGGAGGCAGCUCGCGCACGAGCCGAUUAUGCCAAAAUAGAGUCAGAAAUGAUGAUUGAGAAGGCUCGCAUAGAAGCCAAAUUGAACACUUUACAGUAUGAAAAGGAGGUAGCAGCAGCUAUGGCUGAAGCCAGCAUCCUUGAGGUUGCAGCAGAGGAGUCUGUCAAAACUGAAAGGAAACCAGCCUUUGAAGAGACUGCUGAAAGGACACGCCAGUAUGUGGAGCAGCAUCUACAGCCAACCGAGAGUGCUAAACCAGAGGCAGAGCAUAGAGAGUCAACUGUUCAUGAGCUGAAGCCCACGAUUCCUCCCAGGCAAAGCUUUGGUACUCCAUAUGUUGAAUCCCACUUGUUCAAAAUGAGAAACAAAGCCAUUCCAACAUCAGGGCUAUCUCAGGAACCAAAGUCUGGUAUUUACCCACACUCAACAUCGCACCCACCAGAGAGCACAAGGGAAAGGUCGCCUGAUCGAGUCACACCACAACUCCUACCAGAUGGCAGUGCUCAGGUGGGUGAUAUAGCAAGGUACUUGGCACGGAGGGAUCUUAUUAAUGCUGGUCUCACAAAGUUUGAUGACUGCCCUGAAAAUUACUGGGCGUGGAAAUCCUCCUUUCUGAAUGCAAUCAGUGGACUAAAACUCAGCCCCAGUGAAGAGUUGGACCUCCUUAUUAAGUGGCUGGGGCACGACUCAGCACAGCAUGUGAAAAGAAUAAAGACGGUGCACGUCUGUCGUCCUGAAGUUGGACUGGACAAAGCCUGGGAGCGCUUGGAGGAAUGUAUUGGCUCUCCAGAGAUAAUUGAAAAAACACUGUUCGACAGGUUUACAAACUUCCCAAAGGUCAGUAGCAAGGAUCCUGUGAAGCUGAGAGAGCUUAGUGACCUGCUGCAAGAGGUUGAGGCAGCAAAAUCAGAGGGUUAUCUCCCAGGGCUAAGCUAUCUUGACACUGCACGUGGUGUCGCUCCAAUUGUGGACAAGUUACCACACAAUAUCCAGGAAAAGUGGCUCUCUCAGGGUUUUAAGUAUAAAGUUGACCAUAGUGUCAUUUUUCCGCCAUUUUCCUUUCUCUGUGACUUUGUCUGCAGAGAGGCGCAAGCCCGCAAUGACCCAGGCUUCAGGCUCUUAGCAUCUACUACAGACCACUUUAGAUCAGAUACUACAGUGAGGAAGCCCUAUAAGGGUUUGGUCUCUGCUCACAAGACGGAAAUAUCACAGGAGAAAGCUGGCCAAGACAGUGUGAGAGAGCAAACCUGUGAUGUGGAAAGGCAGUGUCCUAUUCAUAAAAAGCCUCAUCCCCUCAAGCGCUGCAGAGGGUUUCGCAAUAAACCCAUUGAGGAGCGUAAGACCUUCCUCAAGGACAACGGUAUCUGUUUUAGAUGCUGUUCUUCCACUAGUCACAUGGCCAAGAACUGUAACACAACAAUCAAGUGUACAGAAUGUGAAAGCAGGAAUCAUAUCUCUGCCCUUCAUCCAGGACCACCUCCUGCAACUCUCUUUGGUCAUGGCAGGGAGGGCACAGAAGAGACAACUCAGCCUGCUAUAACAUCAACUUGUACCGAAGUAUGUGGAGAGGCUCAGAGAGGAAGAUCCUGUUCUAAGAUCUGCUUGGUAAAGGUUUUCCCAAAAGCGCAGCCAGAGCGAGUGACAAAGGCUUAUGUCGUGCUCGAUGAUCAGAGUAAUCGGUCACUUGCCAGGUCAGAGUUUUUUGAUGUUUAUGGCAUAGAGGGAUCAGAGUCUCCAUUCACACUUCGUACAUGUGCGGGAACGACAGAAAUGAUGGGUAGAAGAGCUACAGGCUUUGUAGUGGAGUCACUAGAUGGAGCCACAUCAGUCACGCUGCCGACAAUAAUUGAAUGUAAUAACAUUCCGAGUAACAGAGCUGAGAUACCUACCCCUGAGGUGGCAGCAGAACAUGCUCAUCUAAGGCCAAUAGCCCAUCUCAUCCCACCACUCGAUCACAAAGCUGAGAUCCUCCUCUUACUUGGACGUGACCUACUUAGUGUCCACAAAGCGAGGCAGCAUAGAAACGGUCCUCACAAUGCCCCAUAUGCACAGAAACUGGACCUGGGAUGGGUCAUCAUUGGUGAUGUCUGUUUAGGUGAUGCUCACAAGCCUGCAACUGUGGAUGCCUAUCACACAAAUGUGCUUGAGAACAAUCGCCCAUCCUAUUUCAGACCAUGUCCAAAUAUGGUUCAUAUCAAAGAGAAUUAUGGGUCCAAGUCUGAGCGUAAAGCCUUCCCUACCACCAAAACACCUAUAGUUAAGGCAUGCACUCUUGGAAGCACCAUCUUUGAUACAUCUGAGGACGAUAACAAAAUUGGCCUUUCUAUUGAAGACAAACUGUUCCUAGAGGUCAUGAAGAGAGAGAUGUUCAUAGAUGACAGCAACAGCUGGGUGGCGCCACUUCCAUUCAAGGGACCUCGCCAGUGGCUGCCCAACAAUCGCGACCAGGCCGUCAAACGCUUAUCCUCUCUUCAUCGCACUCUUGAAAAAAGGCCUGAAAUGAAGAGGCAUUUCUUUGCUUUCAUGCAGAACAUAUUUGAUCGUGACCAUGCUGAACUGGCUCCUCCACUUGAGGUGGAGAAGGAGUGCUGGUACUUACCUACGUUUGGGGUGUACCAUCCUCAGAAGCCGGGUCAGAUCAGAGUUGUGUUUGACUCAAGUGCAAAGUGCCAUGGCGUCUCUCUCAAUGAUGUUCUCCUCUCUGGUCCUGACCUCAAUAAUAGCUUGUUGGGAGUAUUGUUGAGGUUCAGACGUGAAACUGUUGCAGUAACCGCUGACAUUGAACAGAUGUUUCACAGUUUCAUUGUAAGAGAGGACCAUCGAAACUAUUUGCGCUUCCUCUGGCAUGAAGACAACAAUCCUGCCCAUGACAUCUGUGAGUAUCAAAUGAAGGUUCACGUGUUUGGCAACAGUCCCUCACCAUCCGUAGCUAUAUACGGCCUUCGAUGUGCAGCAGCUCAUGGUGAAGAGGAAUUUGGAUCAGAUGCAUGACGCUUCGUUGAGAGGGAGUUCUACAUUGAUGAUGCGCUUAUGUCAAGGCCCACAGCCAGUGAAGCUAUUGAUCUAAUGAAGAGAGCACAGGAAAUGCUUGCCACAUCUAACCUUCGCCUGCAUAAAAUAGCAUCAAACAGCUCUGAGGUUCUUGAUGCGUUUUCUCCAGAUGACCGUGCAAAGGGGCUUAAGGAGCUAAAUCUGGAGACUGAUGUGACACCUACACAGCGAAGUCUUGGUCUGAUAUGGGACCUAAAGAAAAACACCUUUACCUUUCGAGUAGCAGAGACAGUGAAGCCCUUUACAAAGAGAGGUGUCUUAGCUACAAUCAAUGGUCUUUUCGAUCCCUUAGGAUUUGCUUCACCGGUUACAAUCCAGGGAAAGAUGCUGCUGAGAGAACUUUCAAGUAAGGCCCUAGACUGGGACACUCCACUCCCUACAGAAAGGGAGGCCGAGUGGGAUACAUGGAAAGAAUCUCUUGUCGAUCUCAAGAAUGUACAUAUUCCAAGAACCUACGCUUCUGCUACGAUGUCAACAGCAAUCAGAAAAGAGUUACACAUCUUUUCAGAUGCCUCCACUAAAGCCAUUGGAGCGGUUGCUUUCCUAAAGACCACUGGCGAAAAUCAGAACCAUCAGGUGGGCUUCGUUCUAGGGAAAGCAAAAUUGGCCCCACAAUCUGCUCAUACAAUUCCAAGACUGGAAUUGGGAGCUGCUGUGUUAGCUGCAGAGCUUGCCGAAGUCAUCACAAGUGAAUUGGACCUAAAUCUUGAUGCAGUUGAAUUCUACACAGACAGUCGUGUGGUUUUAGGCUAUAUAAGCAACCAGACGAAGAGGUUCUAUGUAUAUGUUGGCAACAGGGUGCAGCGAAUCAGGAGGAUUUCAGAACCAAAACAAUGGCACUAUGUCCCUACGAGCUCUAACCCUGCUGACAUAGGCACACGCUCGGUGCCUGCUGCCAUGCUUGGUGACAGUGCCUGGCUUAAAGGACCUGCCUUCUUGUUACAAGCUAGCGUUACAAGUGAAGUUGAAACCUAUGACCUUGUGGACCCCGAGUUGGAUGAUGAGAUACGUAGUUUUGUCACUCACACGAGCAAUGAUGGGUCUCUGCUUGGAUCGCAAAGGUUCAGACGUUUUUCCUCUUUGAAGAAACUCCUCAUGGCCCUUAGCUUGCUCAUUCAUAUUGCAAACAGUCUCGCACAGCAGAGGAACUGACAAGGGCUGAGAUUGUCGUCAUCAAAAGUGUGCAGAAGGAAAUGUUUGAGGAGGAACUUGCCUGUAUUGCCAAUGGUAAAGACAUACCAAAACACAGCUCUUUACAAAAAUUCAGUCCCUACUGUGAUGAUGAAGGACUCUUGAGGAUAGGUGGAAGGCUCAAACAUGCCAACAUCGACUACAAGGAGAAACAUCCUCUCAUUAUUCCAGGUGGUAGCCACGUUGCCAAGUUGAUAGUAGAACACCAUCACCGGCGAGUAAUGCAUCAGGGACGGGUGUUCACAGAAGGUGCAGUCCGUACUGCUGGAUACUGGAUUACAGGAGCGAGGAGGCUAAUCAAGCAGAUUAUCCACAACUGUAUCACCUGCAACAGACUUAGGAAGAGAGCAACUGAGCAAAGAAUGGCAGAUCUGCCUUCUGAUCGUGUCAGCACCGAACCCCCUUUCACCUUCGUGGGUUUGGAUGUAUUUGGCCCUUGGUCUGUGGUCACAAGGCGCACAAGAGGAGGCCAGGCAAAUAGCAGAAGGUGGGCUAUUCUUUUUACGUGUCUUAGCACACGUGCUGUGCACAUUGAACUGAUUGAGUCGAUGGACGCAUCAAGUUUCAUCAAUGCCCUGUGUCGAUUCUUCAGUUUGAGAGGGCCUGUUAAGCAGAUUCGAUCCGAUUGUGGGACUAAUUUCGUUGGUGCUUGCCGGGAGCUAGGUUUCACACUGACAGACCCCGACGUGUCAAGCAUUAAGACAUACCUGGGAGAAGAGGGAUGCACCUGGAUCUUUAAUCCACCUCACUCUUCUCAUAUGGGAGGAAGCUGGGAACGUAUGAUAGGGUUGUCCCGACAUAUACUGGAUGCAAUGCUUCUCCAAACCACGCACACUCACUUGACUCAUGAGGUGCUUUCCACUCUAAUGGCAGAGGUUACAGCCAUCAUUAAUGCUAGACCUUUGUCUCCUAUCACAACAGAUCCUGACACACCCUUCCUGUUGACGCCUUCCAUGCUUCUCACUCAGAAGGUGUGCACUCCUCUCCCCCCUCCAGGAAGUUUUAUUGAGAAAGAUCUCCAUCGACAGCAGUGGAGGCAAGUUCAAUACCUUGCAAACACAUUUUGGACCAGAUGGAGACGGGAGUACUUAGGGACACUGCAAAGCCGGAACAAGUGGCAACGUAACCAUGCAAACCUCAAGGUGGGAGAUUUGGUGCUCAUCAAAGACGCACAAGUGAGGCGCAAUGAAUGGCCAAUGGGACUUGUCAACCAGAUAUUCCCGGAUAAGGAUGGAAGGGUCAGGAAGAUUGAAGUGAGGGUCUCAAGAAAUGGAACUAUUAAUACUUACCUGAGACCUGUGUCAGAGACAGUGUUAUUGAUGUCCCCAAAGGACUGAGAAGUAUGUGUGUCAUGAUGGUAAACAUUGUAUUCCGAUAUAAUCUGUAAAAUCUUGCAGUUUAUGAUGUUUCAGUUGAUUCAUAGUGGUAUUUUACAAUACCAGACGGGGAGUGUUAUGACAUGCAUAGGUUCUUUCUCUUCAGCACCCUCUGCUGGUCAUAGUGGGAAUACUCACAAGCUUAUAUUUUGGUGGGGUUUUUCUGUGUUCCUGUGGGUAGAGGAAACAGGAAGCUGGUCACUUGUUAGCCUGCAGAAUAUGCUGUUUGUCGCCUUAGAUGCUCUUUAAAACAUUUCUGCCUUGGAGAGUUAUUGCUUUUUUACGGGAAGAAAAGGAUGUCAAUCAUUGAACUACUGACGAAGUAAAAAGCCUUAAACUUACUUCUGCCUCCAAUGUUCAUUGAAACCGUUAGCUGUCUGUCAAGUUGGGCAAAGGGACGCACAAUAAGGACAGAACAUAAGGUAAGUGAGCGUUCUGUUAUUCUUUUGGCUGGAGUGUGAACAUAUGUGGGUUAAGUA